AUGAUGGAACACGCUGGACUGGGAAAGAGCUACUGGGGUGAAGCAGUGAUGACGGCGAUGUUUCUUCGAAACCGCUGUCCAACACGUGCCAUUCACCAAGACAAGUCUCCAUAUCAAGUGUGGACGAUGAAGAAACCGAUUCUGGCCAACCUUAAAGUGUUUGGAUGCCACGCGUAUGUUCAAGUGCCUCAAGACAAACGCGCGAAGUUCGACUCCAAGUCAUCACUCUGUCGUUUCCUGGGAUACGCCGAACACCAGAAGUCAUAUCGAUUUGAGGAAGUGUCAACAGGAGCGAUCAAGAUCAGUCGCGAUGCCACAUUCAUGGAAGACAAGUUUGAUGAAGGUCCGCGCAACUACAACGAUGAGUCAAGUGUCGUUGAGUUUGAUGAUCAUGAUGAGGACGAAGAAAAAGAAGAAGGUAAAACUGACGACGACACGGACUCGAGCGACGAUGACAACGAAGACACCAGGUCUUCGAAGAGCAACAUCAAGAGACACACGCGCACUCAAUCACUUGAGAAAGCUACCGUCAUUCCAAGUCCCAAGCGAAGAACAUACAGAGGUCCGUCGCUUGAGCAUGUUGGGGAAACGCCGACUACAUUCAAGUCGGCGAUGGAAUCAAGCGACUCCGGCAAGUGGAAAGAAGCGUGUGACUCGGAGUUCGACUCGCUUCAGAGAAACGACACGUGGGAAAUCGUGCCUCUUCCGAAAGGUCGCAAGGCCAUCGGGUGCCGAUGGGUUUUUCGUGUAAAGGAGAAUCAAGAUGGCGAAGUUGAACGUUUCAAGGCAAGACUUGUGGCCAAAGGAUUCUCACAGAAAUUCGGAGUUGACUAUGAAGAAACUUUCGCACCGGUGGCCAAGUUCACAUCGAUUCGUGUGGUGCUCAGUAUGGCGGCUAAGUACGGCCUAAUGCUACAUCAGAUGGACGUCAAGACAGCGUUUCUUAACGGCUCCCUCAACGAAGACAUCUACAUGGACCAGCCGGACGGAUACCUGGAUGCAACACAGCCGGACUAUGUGUGCAAGCUAAAGAGAUCACUCUACGGCUUGAAGCAAUCGCGUCGCAUGUGGAACCAAACAAUCGAUGGGUUCAUGAUCAAGAUGGGAUUCAAGAAGUGCGAAUCGGACCACUGCAUCUACAUCAAGCGAGACGACCAAGACAUGAUUCUCGUGGUACUCUACGUCGAUGAUCUCAUCCUGGCCAGCAGCAACAACGAACUCCUCAAGUCAACCAAGAUGGCGCUGAGCAAACGCUUCGAAAUGACGGAUCUCGGUGAGCUCGAUUACUUUCUCGGCAUGGAGAUCAAGAACGACCGUAAGACGGGAAUGGUGACUGUACAACAAACCAAGUUCCUCAAGUCCGUGUUAACCAAGUUCGGAAUGGAUAACAGCAAGCCAGUGAAGACGCCUCAAGAUCCCGGCCUGAAGCUAACCAAGAACAUGUGUGAACAAGAAUGCAAGCACGAAGACACCAUGUGCAACGUGCCAUAUCGAAGUGCUGUCGGAGGCAUCAUGUAUCUCAUGGUCGCCACACGUCCGGAUCUAGCUGCUGCAGUGGGAUCAUUAUCCCAGUUCUCGUCCGACCCAUGCCCGACUCACUGGCAAGCUUUGAAGCGUGUGCUGAGAUACCUGCAAGCAACGCCCAAUCAUGGUCUUGAGUUUACACGUGAAGAAGGAAGCCGUAUCUGCGGGUACACCGACGCAGACUGGGCCGGCGACAUUGAGUCAAGACGAAGUACAAGCGGCUAUGUGUUCAUGAUGAGCGGAGGAUGCAUCAGCUGGAAAAGCCAGAAACAACGGACGGUCGCGCUAUCUUCAACAGAAGCAGAAUACAUGGCGCUUUCCGAAGCAACCAAAGAAGCAGUAUGGCUCAAAGUGCUUUUGGGGGAACUUGGUGAGAUGACAAGCGACGAAGCGAUCAAGAUGUAUGAAGACAACCAAGGAUCAAUCGCUCUCGCCAAGAACCCGGAGUUCCAUAAGAGAACAAAACACAUCGACAUACGCUACCAUUUUGUGCGUGAGAAGGUGGAAUCAGGUGAAGUCGUUUUGGAGUAUUGCCCGACUCAAGAUAUGCUGGCAGACAUGAUGACCAAGCCGAUCGCCGCUGUACAAUUUGAAAACAUUCGCGAUCGACUUGGGAUCCAAGGUGCCGCAGCUAACGAGUCGAGAGGGAGUGUUGAAAAGACAGCGGCUGUGAAGAAGACACCUCGUCAAGCUGCGUCAAGUGUUGAAGCAAGUGGAAGACCAAGCCUCGCUAUACCGGUGGGUACCGGUAUGUACCAGUAA